UAAUAAUCAAACUGAGCAAAUUUUAUCGUCAUCGACCCAACCACCUCCGAUGGCCGAUCUUUUGAAUUCUAGUCCUAUUGUUACUACUUCUUGGAGUAUUGCACCCCCUAAUAAUGGUUCAAGUAUUGUAGUACCUUCAGCAGGUCCAAUACAUCUUAUCAAUGUUGGGGAACAUAUAGUUCACAAUACGGUGGUUGUAGAUACGAGUAUUCUUGGUAAUUCUUUACAACCAGCACAAACAUUAACAUUUGUCGCCGAAAAUCCUCAAUUGGAUAUGCAGAAUGCAGCUCAAAAAUCCUCGGUUGAUCACGUAAUCGAAUCUUCUCCACAACAAAUUCAAUCACCUUCUCGUACCGUAUCUCCUGACCUACAAGUUUCUCUACCUCAAGAUGACCGUUCCAAGAAAUCACCUGAAAAUGAAGUACGAUCUCAAAUUGAUAAUUCCUCUCGUAUACCUUCUCCUGCACUUAACGAUCAAAUUAAAUUGGAAUUUCAUAAUUCCCCACCUGAGCCUUUGGAUAUUUCGAAAGAUACUAAUAUUGUUCAAGAUGUUCAAUUAUCUAAA